AGUCCUUACUGUCGCUAGCUUCACACUGCUCGCUGGGCCACACUCCAUGGAAGUGUGUAUGGGUAGGAGUUCAGUGAUUGUUCCUGGGAAAUUGGGGCGAUAGCCUCGUGCCGACGUUAAUUUAAAUGUAUAUGUAUAUAUAUAUAUAUAUAUAUAUAUAUAUAUAUAUUCCUUUGAAGUUUCAAAUAUAUUCGGAUAAUGGCGACCUUCGUGACAUUGAAUACCGGAGCGAAAAUGCCGAUUGUCGGUCUCGGGACUUGGAAGUCCUCCCCAGGCCAAGUGACUAAGGCAGUGAAGGCGGCCAUUUCAGCAGGGUACCGUCACAUUGAUGGGGCCUAUGGCUACGAGAACGAGACUGAGGUCGGGGAGGGGAUUAAUGCCAUGAUCAAGGAGGGUGUGGUGAAGAGAGAGGACCUGUUCGUGGUCAGCAAGCUGUGGUCCACCUUCCAUGAAAAGACCAUGGUGAAGACUGCCUGUCAGAAAACUCUGACUGACCUUAAGCUGGACUACCUGGACCUCUACCUGGUCCACUGGCCUAUGGGUUUUAAGGCUGGGACAGAGAACUUUCCUCUAGACAGCCAGGGGCUAACCGUGUCAGAUGACACCAACUUUCUGGAUACUUGGGAGGGUAUGGAGGAGCUGGUCGAUGCAGGGAUGGUCAAGGCCAUCGGAAUCUCCAACUUCAACCGUGACCAGAUUGAGGCCUUAUUGAACAAACCAGGCCUGAAGUAUAAACCUGCCAACAAUCAGAUUGAGUGCCACCCUUUGCUGGCCCAGGAGAAGCUGAUCAGCUACUGUUGCUCCAAAGGCAUCACUGUGACAGCAUACAGCCCCCUGGGCUCCCCGGACAGAUCAUGGGCCAAACGAGAGGACCCCUCGCUGAUGAAUGAUCCAGUCAUCAAGGCUAUAGCCGAGAAACACAACAAGAGCACGGCACAGGUUCUGAUCCGGUUCCAGGUCCAGAGGAACGUGGUCGUCAUUCCGAAGUCCGUCACACCUCACCGCAUCCAGGAGAACUUCCAGGUUUUUGAUUUUGAAUUCAGUGAGGAGGAAAUGAAGAGCAUCCUAGGCCUCAACAGGAACUACAGAUGCUGUCCCAUGAUGUGGAGUGUGAAUCACAAGGACUAUCCCUUCAAUACGGAAUUCUGAGGCGAAUGAGAGCAUCGAGAGAUUGGCUACCAUUGGUUGGUCUAUCUGGACAUCUGCUCUCCCUUUGCUGUUUCUUAGUACUUGUCUCACUCUGAAAUGUUGUCCUAUCUUCAAUGGGAGUACACCAGAUUCAAAAGCAACUGAUGUGCUUAACCGCACAUUGCUGAUUACAUGCAGUGAACUUUGUCAAAAAGCUGGCAUCCAAUGGCCUUACUGUGUAAAGGUUUUGGGUUUACCUGUAGGCCAUUGGCUUUAAUGAAAUGUAACCUGUCUCAAUGAAAUUAACCUUUUUGAGGGUUUGUGUGCAUAAACAGAUUUGUUUCUUUUUUGUUUUUUGGGUUAGAGGGUUUCUUAUUCUCUGACUGUUUUGCUACAAACUUCACUAGGAACCAGUCUUAGGUAUACAUUGAAACAUUGCUCGGGGAGAUGCCAUUUAAAUUGUUUGGGCCCGGUAGAGCCAGCUCAAAGGGGAUGCAUGUAGAGUGAUUUACAUUCCAGCCUAUUCCUUUGGCUCAUUCAUUUCAAUUUGUUGGACAUAUACACUUGCCCUUUUCUUUUACGCACAAAUUACAGUGUCUUUAUUAUUAUUACAUAAUGAAUCAAACUUGAAUCCAAAUAUUAACCGCUUGCUUUAUUAAGUGUGCAAAAUCUGAAAUCGUGGCCUUCUUUGAAGCUUUUGAAGAUUGACACUCCUGCACUUAAAAAUUUUUUUUUUAACUUCAUUUCAAUGGACAUACUGUUUGUGAAUGAGAUGUUAUAUAUUUUAUAAAAAUGCAUGAUAAAAUUUACUGCCAUUCCUUACAAACAAACAUUCAGUAGUUCAUAGAAACCCGUUUCAAAGUAAGAAGACCCAAAUAUCCCAAAAGCAUACCAAUAACUUUACCUUUUUGGGUAGACACAUGGAAACAUUUAUUUUUGUAUUUGUAGGUUAAACUUCUAGGCACAAUGGUGUAAUAUUAUUUGUGACUAAAACACUGCCACAUUCCCACUUCAAAUCAGACCUCAAAUUAGCAUCAGUAUGUGUUGUGUCUGUUCGAUAUGGUACUUAUCAUACGCACAGAUCAGAUUAUCAUACUAUGGUUCUGAUAUCUACACCUUUGGCAUUAGCAUAGAUUCCAGUAUAUAGAAUUUAUCAACUGGCAGUGUAUCUGCAGUGGGCUACCCUAAAGAGCUGACUAAAAAGUUGAGUGAAUUGAAUAGGGAAAACUAACGUAACAUUAGGCCUAUUUUGGAUGCCAAUGCCAUAGUGAACAAGUGAAAGUUUGAAAGCAUCUGCCAAAUAAAAUUUUAUGUAAUGAGUGUUAUAAAGUAACUAAUGGCAACAAUCUGUAUUAUGCAGCUUUGUCAACAUUGACGCGUUGUACCUAACAUCUAUUUCAGUCAUUAAUCAAAAAGCUCCUUAUCACUUCUUCUGUGAAGCAAGGCAUUUAUUUGUACUGGAUUGAAAAGGUUUCACAAAAAGAAACCACACCCUGAUCAUGAAUUUGCAAAUUGAUGCUUUUGCAGCAUUGACAAAUCACAGAAGUGCAAGAAAAUAUAGUUGUGAGACAAAGUUGUGAGUUUAUGGAAGCUUCGAGGAAUGUUUUUAAAGGUCUAUAUUGAUACAUGAGACAUGGCUGAAAUGUAAAUCCUAAACAGUAUUGGUGGAAACAAAGUUUCACUAAACGAUUAAAAGUUUGAAACUGU